GAAGUGUUGAAAGCCCGAUUUUAAAGAUGGCGGAAACAUUCGAGGACAGAACCAAAAUGACCAGCCAGCAGGCUCUCUACGUUUCCAACGGGGACAUUCGCGGAAAACGCCGGCAUGGUAUCUCAACUCUCAAGAUGUUUAUCGCAGCGUUAUCCUUUGCCUAUUUCUGCAAGACCCUAGCGGGAACUUUCGUCAAGAGCGCCAUCACGCAGCUCGAAAGACGUUUCGAUCUCUCCAGCUCCCACGUCGGCCUCGUCGACGGAAGUUUCGAAAUGGGCAACUUGUUGUUUUUAGCCGUGGUAAGCCAUUAUGGCGCCAAAAUGCAUCGUCCAAGACUCAUCGCUGGGGGUUCCGUUCUUAUGGCCGUCGGGGCGCUUCUCACUGGCUUGACACACUUCUUCAUGGGACCCUACAAGUACGACACGGUCAUCGCCGCUUUCCAGAAUGACAGUAUGAGCACCAUCGCUUGUCUCCGUCCAGAGAACGACGUGAGCCACGAAAUUGGACGUAACGCGACACAAGCCUGCGAAAAAGAAUCCAGUUCCAAUAUGUGGAUCUAUGUGUUCUUGGGGAACGCGUUACGGGGAAUCGGAGAGACUCCAGUCACACCUCUGGGCAUCUCGUACAUCGACGACUUUGCUAAAGCUGAGAACUCUCCCUUCUACAUCGCUUGUAUCCAGACUAUUGCUCUUCUUGGUCCUGUUUUCGGCUACCUCCUUGGGUCCUACUGUGCCAAUAUAUACGUUGACAUUGGGUUUGUUGAUUUAGAAAGUGUAACCAUCUCUCCUACUGAUGCUCGUUGGGUGGGAGCUUGGUGGAUGGGGAUGCUAGUGUCCGCCGGCCUCCUCUUCCUCGCUAGCAUUCCGUUCUGGUUCUUCCCCCGCUCGCCCGAUCUUGAAGAGGACAAACCCGCAUCUGAGGAAGAGAUUCCGAAAACAAUGGAUUCCACCAAGCCUAUCACAGAAGUCGCCAAAGGGUUCCUUCAAUCGUUGAAGGACCUGCUGGGUAAUCCCGUCUACCUCCUGCUCAUUUGUGGCAGCAUGCUUAAAUUCAACUCGCUCGUUGGCAUGUUCACCUUCAAUGCCAAAUAUAUCGAGCAGCAGUUUGGACAAUCGGCAUCAAGAGCCAACUUCCUCAUAGGGGUUCUGACCCUGCCGGCCGUUGCCAUGGGGAUUUUUCUAGGAGGCGUGGUGAUGAAGCGAUACAAGCUCAGCGUCGUGUCGGGGGCUCAGUUCUCAUUCGCCGUGUCCCUCGGGGCUUACCUCCUCAUGUUUCUCAAAUUCGGCACCAAGUGCGACAACAUUCCUGUGGCUGGACUCACCGUGUCAUACAAUGGGACGCCAGGAGCGUUACACGGAGGUCAAACUCUCUUCUCGGAGUGCAAUAGCAACUGUUCGUGUUCAGCAGAACAUUGGGACCCGGUGUGUUCAGAUAGUGGCAUCACCUACAUUUCACCAUGUAUGGCUGGAUGCCUGGACUACAGCGGAUACGGCAAAAAAACUGUGUUCCAUAACUGUACUUGCGUGUCCGCUUCGUACCCGGCGGGCAGCAGUACUUCGGUGAAACUGGGGCAGUGCCCCCAAGCCAGAAGCUGCAGCCGCAGUUUCAGUUCCUACAUGGCCGUGUCGGUUCUCAGCGCUUUUAUCAGCUCCCUGGGAAUCACGCCUGCUUACAUGGUCACUAUAAGAUGCAUCUCGCCGCAUCUUAAAUCCCUCGCCCUGGGUAUGCAGACUUUGAUCAUUCGGGUCCUUGGUGGAAUUCCAGCUCCGAUUUAUUUUGGGGCAUUCAUUGAUAUGACGUGCCUGCAGUGGUCGGUUAAAAAGUGCGGUGGUAGAGGGGCUUGUCGCCUUUAUAAUGCCGAUAUGUACAGGGUCGUGUUCCUGGGAUUGGUUUCGGGUAUCUGCGGCGUUUCCUUUUUCUUCACAUUCGCCGUGAUAAUCCUCCUCCGAAAGCAGUUCCAGAAGGAGGAGUAUGAGCGCUGCAAAAAACAAAUCAAUGCGAAAGCUUCCAAGGAUGUCCAGGGAGUUCCCAACAAUGGUUUUGCCAUUGAACGCAUCACCAGCGAGGCCGUCGAGGACGACCACAAAGUAGUACAAAAGGUCGAAGCGGAACAUCCGGUAAAGAAAUCAACGAUUGUGAAAGUAACUCAUUUGAAAACAUCCCAAUCCAAAUGAAGUUUUAGCCUCCCAUACGCUAACAGUAUUGUUUUUAGCAUUAUGUAUUGAAAUAUUUUUAUAGUAUUAAAGCAGAGUUAUGAAACGUC